CCGGCUCGGCCGUCUCCAAGACCGUCUGCAAGGCCACGACCCACGAGGUCAUGGGGCCCAAGAAGAAGCACCUGGACUGCACAUGAGGCAUUUCCUCAGUUUCGUAUGCACCCCAGCUCAUGGAACAGUAUACAUAAACAACAAAACAAAACCCAAGAAACCUUCAUUUGUCCUUUAGAUGACUUAAUCCAGUGCACAAAUGAGAUGAACGUGAAUAUUCCACAGCUGGCAGACAGCUUGUUUGAAAGAACUACAAACAGUAGCUGGGUGGUGGUCUUCAAGUCUCUCAUCACAACUCAUCAUUUAAUGGUGUACGGAAAUGAGCGUUUUAUCCAGUAUCUGGCUUCCAGAAACACGUUGUUUAACUUGAGCAAUUUCCUAGACAAAAGUGGGUUGCAAGGAUAUGACAUGUCCACAUUUAUCAGAAGGUAUAGUAGGUAUCUGAAUGAAAAAGCAGUUUCUUACAGACAAGUGGCUUUUGAUUUUACAAAAGUAAAAAGAGGGGCUGAUGGAGUCAUGAGAUCAAUGAACACAGAAAAACUUCUCAAAACUGUACCAAUUAUACAAAAUCAGAUGGAUGCACUCCUUGAUUUCAAUGUCAAUAGCAAUGAGCUUACGAAUGGUGUAAUUAAUGCUGCCUUCAUGCUUCUCUUCAAAGAUGCCAUCAGACUCUUUGCAGCAUAUAAUGAAGGAAUUAUUAACCUGCUGGAAAAAUACUUUGACAUGAAAAAGAACCAGUGCAAAGAAGGUCUUGACAUUUACAAGAAGUUUCUCACUAGAAUGACAAGGAUUUCAGAGUUCCUCAAAGUUGCAGAGCAAGUUGGAAUUGACAGAGGAGACAUUCCAGAUCUUUCUCAGGCACCAAGCAGUCUUCUUGAUGCUUUGGAACAACAUUUAGCCUCUUUGGAUGGGAAGAAAAUCAAAGACUCCACAGCUGCAAGCAGGGCUACUACCCUUUCCAAUGCAGUCUCUUCCCUUGCAAGUACUGGCCUGUCUCUCACUAAAGUAGAUGAAAGGGAAAAGCAAGCUGCAUUAGAGGAAGAACAGGCUCGUUUAAAAGCUUUAAAGGAACAACGUCUAAAAGAACUUGCAAAGAAACCUCAUACCUCUUUAACAACAGCAGCUUCUCCUGUGUCAACUGUAGCAGGAAGCUUAAUGACUACACCAGCCAUUGAUAUUUUUUCUACCCCCAGUUCUUCAAACAGCACAUCGAAGCUGCCAAAUGAUCUGCUUGAUAUGCAGCCAACUUUUCAUCCACCUGUACAUCCUAUAUCCACUACGCCACAAGUAGGAGGUACAUGGGGAGAGAAACUUGUUGGAAUGCUUUUAAAUCAACUCAGCAAGGAGAAAUAUCCUUUCUCUGCUACUGUUGAUGCUGUUGAUGAUGCCAUUCCCAGCCUAAAUCCUUUCCUCACAAAAACUAACGAUGCUAUUCAUCUCUCUGUUGUAUCUUCUGACGUACCUACUUUCACGACUAGGACACCCACACAUGAAAUGUUUGUUGGUCAUUUCAGUCCAUUUACUGAACCAAAUCCAUUUGUGGCAGCAAAUAAUGAAUCCACUCUUGGCCUGUAUCAUUAUACUUCAGAUUGUGUUUGUGGUCCUCAAGCUUAUCCUAAUGCUUCUAAUUUCUGCAAUGAGCCCUCUGCUGUAGCUGGUCUGUUUGGAGACCUUGAUCCUGCAAAUGCAUAUGCAUGCUUUGAUGAAUUAGGCGGACUCCUAAAACCAACAGUGGCCUCUCAAAACCAGUGUCUUCCAGUUGCCAAAGUACCACCUAACAAGUUGGUGUCAGAUGACCUGGAUUCAUCUUUAGCCAACCUUGUAGGCAAUUUGGGUAUUGGAAAUGGGACUACUAAAAAUGAUGUAAAUUGGACUCAGCCAGGUGAAAAGAAAUUAACUGGUGGUUCCAACUGGCAACCCAAAAUUGCACCUACAACUGCAUGGAAUGCCCCAACUUUGAAUGGCAUGCAUUUUCCACAAUACGCACCACCUGUAAUGGCCUAUCCUGCUACAACACCAACAGGAAUGAUGGCAUAUGGAAUGCCCUCACAAGUGGGAGGUGUACCGGUAAUGACACAACCAACCUUGAUAUACAGCCAACCUGUUAUGAGACCAGCAAACCCUUUUGGUCCUGUCCCGGGAGCACAGCUAUCUGCAGCAUCCAGUCCUUCCAGUCAGAGUCCUCACAGAGCCUCAGGAAAGGACCCCUUUGCAGAGCUCUCUCUCCAGGAUUUCUUGUAGAACAACUUAGAUACAGUUCAUGUAACUGUGGCAGAUGGAAGAGAAAGGAACAGUUCCAAAAAAUGUGCUCAACAGCAAACCCAACUUCCAGCAAAAUCCAAACUUCAGUCUUUCCAAUUUCCAACUCUCCUUUUUCCAUCAAGUGAUGCAGUAAAAUGAUGAAGGUCAAUAGAGGAAACCGGGACAUCUCUGUAGGAAAGCAUCAAUACACAGUAUAAAGCCAAGAAUUGCCAUGAUUUAAGACUUAAGAUUUGUUUGUUUUUUCCCCUGGUGACUAACGCGUCAGUACUCUUCAGCUUCUAUUAAUAUCCAUAAUCAGUACCUUACAAGAGAAGCCUUUAUUCUGAUAUUAUGGUUUGUAUUUGGAAAUGCUGUCUGGAAUGGAGAAUGAGUGUCCUUUACCGUAACUGAAACAGACUUUUGGGGUGGGGGGGAUCAAAUCCUAACUCAGUUCUACAGUUACCUUCGCUUCAGUCUUCACACAUGUAGACCCAGUAAUGAAAAUUUAAUUCUUCUUUAAAAAAAAAAAAAAAAAAAAUUAUAUAUUCAGUUUGCAGUAGACAUUCCUUAUGUAUUAUUGUUUGUAUUUAUUUAUGAUUAUCAAUUUAACAUUAAUAUUGUAUCAAAAAACCUCCUUAUGAAAAUGAGUAUGGAUGUAUACAGGAUGUCUGAUUUUUAUCCACAAAGAAUGAUUCUGAUUCAGAAUGCUUUUGAGCUGACAUACAGAGCACUAAAUAUUUUAAAGGUCUGAAUCUUAUGAAUUCUCAGUCUGUAUGGGAAUUAGGGAAGAGUUAUAAAAUGCAUUAAUCCUUAUAGUCAAUUCUGUGCCUAGGGUUUUGCAAGGGAACAGUUAACUGACUAGAAGCACUACAUUUUUAAUUCAGCAUUAGUGCAUUGGGAAAGGAACUUUAUUGCUUUGUGCUUGGCAUGUCAUUAUUUUUACAUCUGACAUUAUAAAGCCUUUCCAAUAUGAAUGUGAGGAAUUGCUUUCACUUCAGGACUUUCCUUUUCUGUAAAAACUUUAGGAGGUAUUAUGUGGGGGGAGAACCUUGAAUUUCAUUUGGCUAGUGCCAUGUUUAUGAUCAUGAACCUUUAAAAAUUAUGAAAGGUAGCAUCCUUACAAAUGUCUACAAAGAAACUAGUUCAUAAAGAAUUAAAGUAGCACUGUUGAUCGGUGCUUUGUUGUAAAUACGCCAUCGCUUUUGGGUGGAGUUAGGGGCCUUUAGAAGGAGAGUCAACAAUAUGAAAGCAAUUCUGUACAUGAAUUAAGCAUACUUGCUGCAUUGUCUCUGCAGAUUCUAUUUUUGUUUAAAAUAUUAAAAUGUAUGUUAGCAAAAAUGGGUGGAUUUUCAAAUAAAAUGCAGCUUCCACAGAAAUUUUGUUACGGUA